AGCAUCGACCCCUCGGGCCCUUAGAGCAAAGGAACGGGACCGAAUUGGGCUGGACUAUGAAACGAAGCCGCUGCGGACGAUUUCCUUUCCUAUUUGCUUCCGGGACGAAAGCGGCAGCAGUUUCUUCGAAGAGGUCUUGCAGCAAUAUCCCCCUUGGACAAAUUCUGGUAGUCUUGCUGCUGCUGGUAUCCACAAUGAGUCACGACAGCGUCCGCAACAGCGGCUAUAGCGCGUCUUCCGUUAACGCCAUUGGAGUCGCCGAUGCGCUUUCUUCGGGCGCAACGACGAGCCAUCCGAAAUCGAAGAGCUGGAUCGUGGUGGAUUUCGAUGGCACCUGCACCGAACGCGACACGACGCCCCUCCUUCCUCGAUUGGCUUGCAUCGUCCAGAGCCAACAACAGCAACAGCACGCAACAGAGGAAGUCCCCUCGACCCCGGAAAAGCAUGGUUUGUCCCUGUGGAACCAACGAGCGACGGCCGAUUGGAAGCAGCGGGAGCCGGUAUUCGCGGAACUGGAGGGGGAGUAUUUUCGUCGGUACGUCGAUGUCAUGAAAUCGAUCCAAUCGGAGAGCUUCGAGAGAGGCCCCGAUCAAACCGAGCAGCAGCAAUCGGAACUCCUCCAGCUUCUCGAAACCUCCCUCGAUCGGCUGGACGGUGUCUCGACCGAGAUUACCGGACUGGUGACCGAAUCCGAGGUCCUCAGGGGACUGGGGGGUGUCACGCACCUCGAGCUUCUCCGAUCGAUCCAGGCUCACGACGGCGAGAUGGCCGGUGGGUCAAGUUCGGAGGGCACCGAAGAAAGCCUAUCGGAGAUCCUUCGGCUACGGGAGGGUUGCCUCCCGGUUCUGCGCAGGUGUGCCCAGCGGCAUGGCAUCGGGGUGCUGAGCAUCAACUGGUGCCCGGCCCUGAUCCGGGCCGUCCUCGUGCACCCUCUCUGCAGCGGGAACGAUCAGGGCGCAGGGCCGCCCGCACUGGAGGACGUCCCCGUUUGGAGCAACUCCGUAGACCACCGCGGUGCCGUUUCGCUGAGUGUUCCCGGGGCUAUUGCCAAGAAGGAGCAAAUCCUAAGGCUGCAGACGCCGACCGAGCCGGAAUCCAAAGCGACUACGACGACAGAACCAGCGACGGUUGUUUACGUGGGGGAUUCGUCGACGGAUUUGUUGGCACUGAUCCAAGCCGACGUGGGGAUAUUGAUCGGUCGGUCCGAAUCCACCAUGGGUCUGGCCUCCAGGUUCGGGGUGGUCCUUCGACCCCUUCGCGAGUUUUGCAAAGACGGCGACGAAAUAGACAGCAACGAUGCGGUGGUGUGGACGACCUCCGAUUGGGACGAGAUUGGAUCCUUUCUGGAUCGAUUUUUGUAACCAAGAACCAGUUGCGGCGCAUAACAUUGCGGUGUUGACUGCAUGGGUGACAAACUUUUGAAUAUUUUUUGAACAAAGCCUUACAUCCAAU